AGCGGGCGGGAACGCGCGCACGGCCCGCCUUGGCCGCCGCCGCCGCCGCCGCUGCCGGGGAUGGUCUGGGCGGCAGCAGGCGGCCUCGGCUAGGCUAGCGGCUGCAAGCCACUUCUGCGGCUGCCCAGAGGAGCAAAGGUCGCCAGUCCAGUGUCGUCCCCCUCUCCGCCCCCCAGGAGGGGCGAGAGGGCGCCGCGGCUGAUGUCAGAAAUACACUUUCGGGAAAUGGCCUCUAAAUCUUGGCUGAAUUUUUUAACCUUCCUCUGUGGAUCAGCAAUAGGAUUUUUUUUAUGCUCUCAGCUAUUCAGUAUUUUGUUGGGACAGCAGAGCAACAACCAGCCUAAUAUUCUUCAUAAUGAUCCUCAUGCUAGGCAUUCAGAUGAUAAUGGAGGGAAUCAUCUAGAAGGACAGAUGAACUUCAAUGUAGAUGCUAGCCAACAUAAAGAUGAGAAUACGGACAUCGCUGAACAUCUCUAUCAAAAAGUUAAAAUUCUUUGCUGGAUUAUGACAGGCCCUCAAAAUCUAGAGAAAAAAGCCAAACACGUCAAAGCUACAUGGGCGCAGCGUUGUAAUAAAGUGUUGUUUAUGAGUUCAGAAGAAAAUAAAGACUUCCCUACUGUGGGAUUAAAAACCAAAGAAGGCAGAGAUCAACUAUACUGGAAAACAAUUAAAGCUUUUCACUAUGUUCAUGACCAUUAUUUAGAAGAUGCUGAUUGGUUUAUGAAAGCAGAUGAUGAUACAUACGUCAUAGUGGACAACUUAAGAUGGCUUCUUUCAAAACAUGACCCUAAAGACCCCAUUUACUUUGGGAGAAGAUUUAAGCCCUAUGUAAAGCAGGGCUAUAUGAGUGGAGGGGCAGGAUAUGUACUAAGCAAAGAAGCCUUGAAGAGAUUUGUUGAUGCAUUUAAAACAGACAAAUGUACACAUAGUUCCUCCAUCGAAGACUUAGCAAUGGGGAAAUGCAUGGAAAUUAUGAAUGUAGAAGCAGGAGAUUCGAGAGAUACCACUGGGAAAGAAACGUUUCAUCCGUUUGUACCAGAACACCAUUUAAUCAAAGGUUAUCUACCCAGAACCUUUUGGUAUUGGAAUUAUAACUAUUAUCCUCCUGUAGAGGGUCCUGGUUGCUGUUCUGAUCUUGCAAUUUCUUUUCACUAUGUUGAUUCUACAACUAUGUAUGAGUUAGAAUACCUCGUUUAUCAUCUUCGUCCGUAUGGUUAUUUAUACAGAUAUCAACCUGCCUUACCUGAAAAUAUACUAAAGGAAAUAAGUCAAGCAAACAAAAAUGAAGAUCCAAAAGUAAAAUUAGGAAACCCUUGAAAGAAAAACAUGAAUAAAGACAGGUAAAAUGGCUAGCAUUGCACUGAAGAACUUCUGCAUUUCUGACACAGAGCACAGGACUCCAGUGAGGAGUUCUGAGUGAACAUUUCCAUGAAGAUAUCUUCCAUAUGAAUGACUAUAAACUGAAGCUUUAAGUGAGCUGUGAAGUCUGUUAAAAUGUGUUUUGAUACAGUAAUAUAUAAAUAUAUAUAUAUAUGAAGAACUUGUGUUUUUAAAAAGGUGGCCAGGUACAGAGACUAGAAAAGAGAUUUUGUUGCCUAUUUUUGACCAUAUAUAUUAUUGUCACUGGGAAACUAAGACAAUUAAAUUUUCUAAAACUACACAGCACCAUGUUAGUUAACACACACAUGAUGCUAAACAGAUCUGCCUUAAAGAAAAUUUUAGAAAGAAAUAUUGUUGUUCAGUGUUAAUAAACUUAAAGAAUGAGUUUGUUUUUGCAGUAUCAUAUAAAUGAACCAACCCCACACACACACAAAUACAGUUUUUGUCUAAUGUCUAAUGUGAUUAUUUAUAAUUGGCAGUAUUUCUUCCAGAACAAAGUAGAAUAAGAAUGGCACUUACUCUAAAGUGCAUUAAUAAAACCACAUUUUAAAAUUA